AUGCCCAAAUGGCAACGAGAGGUUCAGAUGAAAUUAACUGGUCAAAUUGAUCAAGUGGAAAAGCAUUUAACUGCUGUAAAAGAGAAAAUUGGUAAUUACACAUCACCUAGAGCUCAAGUAGAUGGUGCCAGUGGCCGCUAUCACAGUCUUAUAUCGCAAAACAAUGCGUGCAUUGAUGAUGUAUGUUUUGAAACAGGCUUUGGAUAUGUUCCAUUCAGCCCAUUAAAAUUAAACUUCAAUGAAAGCAAAAAAAAUUUUCUACCUCAUGUAUUUGAAAAUAACAAAAUUCUGUUGGUUUUAGAUGCAUCAGAAAAUAUGUAUUCUCAAAAUAGAAUUUACAAACUGAAGCAUGCUCUUCAUCAUUGGAUUCAUUCUAUCCCUGAAGACUUGAUGAUUGGAUUAGCACAAUUCAAUGAUUUUGCCCAUCCACUGAUUAAUGUAUCUUCUGUCAGUGAAAGAUUAAAGGCAAAAUUUCUGGAUGCCAUUCCCAUCACUGCUGAAGGAGGGUGCUGCAUUGGCUGUGGAGUGAAAUGUGCUGUCCAGAUGUUAGGAGCUGAUGAAAAAGGCAGUACUGUUAUUCUUAUUACUGAUGGAAGGAACACUGUACCAGGAGAAGAUGUGAAAGAUGUUUUAAGUCUAGUUUCAAGCACAAAGAUUAAGAUUAACACUAUAUCACUGGGUGAUGCAGCAGAUGAUCUGGAGCACUUAGCUUGGACAACAGGAGGAAGAACUUAUUCUGUGCAAGAUCAGCAGGGGCUACUGAUGCUAACUGGUGCACUUUUUGAUUCAUUAAAUGGUGUUCUUGGGAAAAAUUUACAAAUUGCGAACGUAUUUGAGGCAGAAAUCUCUAAUAAGGACAAAAAAAUUCACAAUGAUUUUGUUAUUGACUCUGCUUUACCUAUAGCAACAUUGAGUAUUUACUAUGGACCAGAGCAGGGCCUUGAUGAACUGGUACUGAAUUCUUCUGAGUUAUAUAUGAUGACCAAGGACUUUGAAGAAUGGGAUAAAAGCAAUAGAUAUUUGGCACAAACUCUUCAAGAGGGUUUGUGGACGAUCAGUCUCACAUACAAUUCCAUAAACAAGUAUGCUGCAGUGUUUGUCAGCAGUGGUUUACUGACUUCUGAACUGAAGACUAAUGCCAAGAUACGUAUGAUGUGCUGGCAUAAUGCAGAGGCAGGUCCUGUAAGUACUAACCUUAAACCUGUAGCAGUUUAUGCUACUGUAUCUAACGAAGAUCAUCAUUUUAUAUUUGACUUGAAUGUAAGUGCUAUUCUUUAUGCACCAGAUGGAACUAUGACAAAAAUAGACCUUUGGGAUAAUGGUUCUGGAGCAGAUGAAGUGAAAAAUGAUGGUACUUACAGUCGUUUUCUGGCAAUUGUCUCCAUGACUGGGAGAUACACUCUGAAAUUCAAAGCAGUUGGGACAUACAGGACAACAGUUGAAGGAUCUGAAAAAAUGUCUUCUGAGGUGAAGCCAUUCUCCAGGAUAUGCAGAACUACCUCUUUUAAGGUAAGAUUCAGUUUUUUAAAUUGA